AUGGGACGGGGAAGGGGACUGAGUGGCAGCGAGAGGGGGAGUAGGAGUGGGAGGGGGUCGACGAGGAAACAGGGGUGCAGGCACGGGCUGGAGACGAGCGAGCCACAGCAAGCAGUUCCAAUUCCGCCGGCGGGUUGGGGAUUAUUGGUAACAGCGACGACGGCGGCAGCGGCAGCGGCAGCACCAGCGGCAGCAGAGCAGACAAAAGCAGACGAGGGUUGCGGUGCGGUACGUACUCUCAAGCAAGCUGCUCCGACCUCGAUGAAUCGUUCAGUCGCGGCUGGUUCCUUGCGCAGAGGUAUGGUAGGUCCAGCGUCGUCGCGCCUCCGAGGUGCGGACAAGGGCAAGCUUUGGUCGGCUCGGUUCGUCGUGAGAGACGUCGGUCGGAAUUGGAGGGUUGCUGAUUCAACUGAAUCAAAAGUCGGCGACUGGGCAACCCCCCAAGUCAGCUCCAAGGCAGUAUCAAGAUGUAUCCCAGUACGAGUACGUCCUUGUUUCGCUCGCUCGGCUUCUCUCCUUCAGUGA